UCUACUUACAAUUUCAUUUUCAAGUCGAUAAGAAAUUCGUUGUUUAAUUUUGUAAUUAAUUAAGUAUUUUGUGUAUAAAACGUUGGUGUAUAUUACUGAAGUAUUAUCUAGAUUUAAAUUUCUUAGCCUGUAGAAAAAAUUCUGACCAGUUUUACAGUGUUUUCAAACUGUCAUCAUUUAUAAAAUCGAGGGAAAAGUAAUUCAAAAUAUUGCAAAAUGACUUCAGCUCUUUAUUUAGAGCACUACCUUGAUAGUCUUCAGCAUUUGCCGAUAGAAUUACAAAGGAACUUUAAAUUAAUGCGAGAUCUUGACGAUAGAGCUCACGGUUUAAUGAGAACAAUCGAUCUUAUGGCUGAUGAAUUAUUACCAAAUAUUCCAAAGAUGGACGAGGAAACUAAGAAAGAAAAAGUAAAUACCAUUCAAGGGCUUUUUAAUAAAGCUAAAGAAUAUGGUGAUGAUAAAGUGCAGCUUGCUAUUCAAACUUAUGAGUUAGUAGAUAAACACAUACGGCGCCUUGACUCUGACCUCGCGCGGUUUGAGUCCGAAAUACAAGAGAAAGUAAUGAGCUCUAGAGCAGCGCAACAAGCAGCUACAGAACAGGAAGUUACUCCAACUACAGUUAAGAAGGGAAGGAAGAAGAAUAAGAGCAGUGAAAAAUCUGUUACAACAACAGGAAAGAAAAAACGCGCAGGUGCGUCUAGCGAAGAAGAUGCUAUUGCAAGUGGUAGAUCUGCAGCUAAAAAGAAGGCUCAAAAGAAAGGAACUGCUGCAGCUGUGAAUCCCGCAAAGGAACCUGAGGAGAACGCUGAUUUGGAUUCAGUGGCUGGCAUCACCCAUCCUAGUGAUGUGUUGGAUAUGCCUGUUGAUCCCAAUGAGCCAACUUAUUGCCUUUGUCAUCAAGUGUCAUAUGGUGAAAUGAUUGGUUGUGACAACCCAGACUGCCCCAUAGAAUGGUUCCACUUUGCCUGCGUAGACCUUAAGAUUAAGCCUAAAGGUAAAUGGUACUGCCCUAAAUGUACACAGGAUAGGAAAAAGAAAUGAUCUACAGUAAAGCCCUCCAUCAAGCCCACAGGCAAAGCUCCAACUAAAGCAAUGGCUGAAAAGACUGUUAAUGUAAAAAGUGAAAUAUAGUGAUUUUAUUAGAUAUUUAUAGAUUAAAGAAAUGGUCCUUCACUAUUAGUAAGUAGGUUAAAUAGUAUAAAUUUAACUUAUUUUAUAGUAUUAUGUGGUUCAUAAUAAUAUAUAAAAUGUACAUAAACUUUAAAAUAUGUAAGUAAUCAAAUUAUGAUUAAUAUAUUGUUUACCUGCAUACAACAUUCUGCAAUAAUUUUAUAUAACUAAAAGACUAAGGAUGCCUAUGACCUAAUUAUUUAUAUUCAGAUUUAUAAUACAACAGAAGAGCACAGAAAAUUUCCAUUAUAUUACUGUCAUCAUCUGUACAUUUGUUGUAGAGUAUUGCAAAAGAUAAUAAUUGUUUUAAAUAUGGUAAAACUAUCUCCAUACUGAUAUUACAUUAUUAUGGACCUAAUUCAAUCAAUAGUAUUUAAUUGUUUUUUUCUAGAACUGAAUACAUAAUAUUAUACAGUUUAUUAUAAUGAUUCCUACAAUUUUAGGAAUUUUUUAUGUACAUCACAUUAUAAAACUUUUAAACAAGAAAAAUGUAUGACUUUCAGAGGCAAUCUUUAAUUUUUAAUAAUUUAAAUUAAUACAUAAUGCUAAGAAAUAUUACACAUUGUUGAAAACAAGCUGCCUAUAUUUAAGAACAUAAGAUUUAUGACUUAAGUUAUGUUAUAAAUGGAAAGACUAAUUAUCAUUGACUAUGAUAAGUAGCAAUAAACAGAUUUUAUAUGAAUUGAGAUAAUAAGCGUACAUUGUAACAUUUAUUCAUUAUAAUUUCGAAAGACAUAAAAAAAGAAAGCAAUUCUAAUUCAUCCCCUUUCGUAAGUAUAUUCCAAAAAUCAAGUAUUGUUAUUUUUCUCAUUAUUUCUAAAUUCUGGUACCUCACAUUAUGAUGCUAUGUUGUGUUAGAGGAAUCAAGUUGUCUUGUAUGGUAUAUUCAGUUCCCUACAGCAUUUCUUUUGUGUUUGUCAGUUUUAUAAAUUUGAUUUACAGCAGAGAUGUAUUUGUCAUAUGAAAUGCUUUAUUGAAGGAUUUAUUUUGACCAUGUUGAAAAAUUUAUGUUGAUGCUACUAAAAUGUAAUACAUAUCUUAUUGACCAUUUUCAUUGAUUUAUUAAUCAUUUUACAUUUUCUUUCAUGAUUACCAAGUUAUUAUAGGUUCGUUAAAUGCUUCUAGGUAAAAGUUUCUUUAUAAAACCUGCCUUAUACUAUCAUCAUGUUUUUAAAUCUCUAUUUCAUCUUAUGUAGUAAAUCAAAUACAAACUUAUAAUGUAACAAAAUUAUUAAACUUGGUUAUUCAUCAAUUUCCAUUAAAUUUCUUGUAUGGUACUUAAUUUCUUAGAUGCAUUUAACUAAUUUGAAAGAUGAAACCAAAAAUUGUAUAAAUUUCAGUUAAUGCUGUAUCAUUUUGUGUUUCCAUGUAACAUUAUUAGUUCAUUAUAUUGUUUUAUAAUUUUUAAGAAUGUGUUGAUUUAUUAGUCUUAAAUGCAUAUAAAUGA